UUUCCUAAUCCCUUCGUUUCCUCAAGUUCGACACUGUCGCCGCCGCCGACGCCGACGACGACGCCCUUCUCGUCGGUGCUCAUUUUAUAUCCUGGACGUGCUAGCUUUCUUCGACAUCGAUGAUCUCUUCAACAUCACCACCAAUCAUAUCGCCCGCUCAUCGCGAGCAACGUGUCUCACCACCACAAACACCACCAAUGAUAGCAUUUGAUGACCCAAAGAUUCUGGGUCGUCGAACAUCAACUUCGCCAUCUGAUGAGUCAUCUAUUAUCGAGCUCUCAUUUGACUACGAGCUCGAUUCCGCGGGCAAUUAUGUCCGCGUAUCAAAAGGUUUAUCAAGGUCUAAUCAUUCGAGCCCCCCUACACCAAACGAUGCUCUGCUCGACGGUGCUAUAAAGCCUUCUUCGUCUUCCCCGCCACAGGGGACCUCUAUUUCCUAUGCGUACACUAAGCCUCCUUCACCCAUCUUACUCAAUUCUCCACUACCAUCGCGACGGAACUCUCUCUCGCGGUUGGAGAGCGCCUAUCCGUCACUUCAAAGCGCGAGUGGGGUUGAGCCACUGCCACUUGCAGCUCUGCACCGAGCUCAGUCAUUAGCCACAGGCAACUCCGUUCGUUCAUUACAACGGGUCGCGUCCGUACCCGCCACAUUAACGCCAGCUGCUUCUCAAUCAGCAUUACGUGCACCAUUAUCGAGUGGCCUUGCUGGGACUGGUCGGAAAAUUGGGCGUCCCCAACGCGUGCCUCGAGACGAGUAUCGUGAACAACUUCCACUUACGCUGGAUGAACGGGAGGAGCUGCGAGUACGAGAGGAGUGGGAUAUGCGAGUGCAGGAGGAGAAAGAAAAUCUAAUAACCAUUUCUGAUGGGGACGGCCUGUCAUCAGACGGCGCCAACUCCAAACGAACAUCCCCACGAUUAACCACUCGUUCGGCGUCUGUGAGUCAACUCGACGGACGGGCAAUUUCUGGCCUCCCCACACGCGCAUACGGAUCAUCCACAGGCGCACGCCAGCCGCUACAACCUGGCCGGCAGAUCAUGCCUGGACCCAAUCGCGCGGGACGGGUAUUGAUGGGUAUGGGUGUCAAGUAUGGCGUGGGUUCAGGUGGGUUCGACAAGAUUAAUGAAAAUGAAGGCAGCGAGAACGAGUUUGCUCCCGACUAUGCAUGCAAUGAGACUGAUCCCAACGCAGAUGAACCACAACCCGGGAAUGGCAUGCUUCCACAUCGUAGUCAUGUCGCUCCUCUUACUGCAUCGAGUGGCACACGACCUCGCCGUUCAGCUAGUUUGAGUGAUGCCUCUGGAGAAGACCGACUAUCUCCGCGCUUACUCCCAAGCCAACAGCAGUACGCCCCACGCCCAGGGUCCAGCUUGGGCCUCAACUCAGCGCGCGUCAGACACGUGACGUCCGAGCAAGACGAGUAUGCAGCAGAAUAUGCCCGCCGCGCAGCGGAAGAGGCACCUGAACCUUUCCCCCAGCCACAGCCCCGCCAGUCGCCCUCUCCGACACAUAUGUCUCAGGCGCAUAUGCGCACCCAGACACACCAUCGGCGCGACUCGGACACCGUCCGCUCCUUUGCGCUUAAUAACCCGUCCACCGCAUCCUCACCCACAGCGGUGGAUCGAAACCCAGACAGACUGUCUCCGUCCGCACGAAAUGUGUCAUCGUCACAACUACAGGGACAUGGACAAGCGUAUCACCGGCGAAAUCCCACAGCACCCGAGCCACCAACUACGAGUGGGUCGUUAGUGCCGCCUCCUGGUUCUGGCAAAUCGAAGAAUGGGAAGACCUGGGCGGCGGGGGACGAGCCUGUGGAUAGCGAGCCUGAAGCCAAAACUGCGUCACGAAUGCGGCAGGCGCCUCCUCCACCCGCGCCUGCGCCUGCUCCCGUCCGGAAUCACAACAUUGUUGUAAACAAGAAGGUGUAUGCACGGCUCGAUCUGAUUGGAAAAGGCGGUUCAUCUCGCGUAUAUCGCGUGAUGAACGCGAACAACGAGAUCUAUGCUAUCAAGCGCGUGUCGCUGGACAAGACGGACGCGGAGACAAUGAGCGGAUACAUGAAUGAGAUUGGGCUGCUCAAGCGUCUCGAGGGAAACAAUCGGAUCAUUCAGCUGUUUGAUAGUGAGGUGAAGGCAGGACCUGGCGGAACAAAAGGUCAUCUGAUGCUCGUGAUGGAAUGUGGAGAGGUUGAUCUGGCAAAGUUGCUGCAGGAGCAGCAGAAGGAACCGAUGAAUAUGGUUUGGAUAUCGUAUUAUUGGCAGCAGAUGCUACAAGCCGUUCAUGUCAUCCACGAGGAGAAGAUUGUCCACUCAGAUUUAAAGCCCGCAAACUUCGUUCUUGUGAGGGGCCAGCUGAAGCUUAUUGAUUUCGGUAUUGCGAAUGCCAUCGCAAAUGAUACUACUAACAUCCAGCGAGAUCAUCAGAUCGGAACUGUUAACUACAUGUCCCCCGAAGCCAUUGAACUUCCCGACGGCAUGCGGCGACUCAAAGUUGGACGAGCCAGUGACGUCUGGUCUCUCGGGUGCAUCCUCUACCAGAUGGUUUAUGGUCACCCGCCGUUCCAACAUCUUUCUGUAUAUCAAAAGAUGAAGGCUAUCCCGGACUUAGCUCAUGUCAUUGAGUAUCCGAGCUGCAGCAUACCCACUGUCGUGAACAAGGCAGGCGAACGGAAAAAGCUCGAGCAUUUGCAACAACCUGUUAGAGCGGACGUCAUUCAGGGCAUCAAGAGCUGCUUGAUGCGAAAUUCGAAAGAGCGGGCAACCAUUCCUCAGUUGCUUGAGCAGGAAUGGUUGGCGAUGAAAGAACCUGAGGUCCCGCCAGCGAAGCCCCAGCUAGCACAAGACGAGACCGUUAUCAAUCCCUACUAUAUGAAGCAGCUGCUCGAGUAUGGCAUUAAACUGGGCCAGCAAGCUCAAAGUGGUGAGAUAGAUCAGGAUUAUCUCACCAAAGAAGCAGAGCGCUUGGUUGCAGAGCUUAAAGCCCUUGAGUCAUGAUGUCUCCACGCCGUGACCUCUACUCAACUCUCGAUUUUUCAACACAUAGCAUACUGUAUUCGUCAACGUAGUCAUCUUCCAUUGCACACCACCACGUCUUUGUAUGAAAACGUCCUUCAAAAGCAGCUCUUCCAACGACUUGUAUGUACGCCUACGCUAUGCCUUCCCAUGUACUCUUCUCUCUAGACCCUUCGCUUGCCUUUCCUCCCUCGCACUCGAACUUUUAGCAUUUUACACGCUCGCUAUCCUAGCUGUGGACCUGCAAUUGCAUAUCAUUUUCUUUAUUUUGGUUCGUUCUGCCAUCAUGCAUUCAUUUGCAUCCCUCCAAGUUGGCCCUGAGAGGGUUGUCGGCAAGCGUUCAGAUGGUCCGGCUUGUAUAUAUUUUCGUAUCACGCUGUAGAUAUACAACGCUAUUUAAGACUAUCGUAUACACUACUUCACAUGUACGUAUACGUACACUACAGUGCAAUCUGAGUACAGG